UGUCAACCACCACAGUGCCCACUGCCAUCUUCUUCCCCACCACCAAAGGACCAAGGUCCAAGAGACCAGGACUCCAAGGUAUCCGGAGCGCGACCUGGGCGGAAGGCAGGCAAUGGAGUCGCCGUUCCGCGCGGACCUGCUGAGGGGCAAGGCGGCGCUGGUCACGGGCGGGGGCUCCGGCAUCGGCUUCGAGAUCGCCACGCAGCUCGCGCGCCACGGCGCGCACGUCGCGCUCAUGGGCCGCCGCCGCGAGGUCCUCGACAAGGCCGUCGCCGCGCUCCGCUCCGAGGGCCUCAAGGCUGUUGGUUUCGAUGGAGAUGUCCGCAAGCAAGAGGAUGCUGCCAGAGUGAUCGCAGCAACAGUUGAGCACUUUGGCAAGCUUGACAUUCUAGUCAACGGUGCUGCUGGCAACUUCCUUGCCUCCCCAGAGGAUUUGAAGCCCAAGGGAUUCCGAACCGUUCUUGACAUUGACACUUUGGGUACAUACACGAUGUGUUAUGAAGCCCUCAAGUAUCUCAAAAAGGGUGGACCAGGGAGAGAUCCUUCCUCUGGUGGCCUCAUCAUUAACAUCAGCGCAACACUGCAAUACACUGCGGCUUGGUACCAAAUUCAUGUCUCUGCUGCCAAGGCAGGUGUUGAUAGUAUCACAAGAUCAUUGGCUCUGGAAUGGGGAACAGAUUAUGACAUUAGAGUAAAUGGAAUUGCACCUGGACCAAUUCAAGACACUCCAGGAAUGAGGAAACUUGCGCCUGAAGAAAUGGGCAAGGGAAAACGAGAAACGAUGCCAUUAUUUAAGCUUGGGGAGAAAUGGGACAUAGCAAUGGCUGCACUCUAUCUAGCUUCUGAUGCAGGGAAAUAUGUAAAUGGGGCUACAAUUAUUGUCGACGGAGGCCUUUGGUUGAGUCGUCCUCGCCAUAUUCCCAAGGAGGAGGUGAAGGCACUCUCUAAAGUUGUCGAGAAGAAGGUUAGGGCCUCUGGUGUUGGGGUGCCAUCAAGCAAAUUGUGAUGACACCUUUGACUAAGUAGCUCUUCGGUGUGUUCUGUAUCAUACUGUUGUCAGUUUGGCUAAUGCCGCCAGUCCAUGCACAUGGCUUGUUAGCCGGCUGAGCAGUGUCCAAUUUGCAUUAGAAAUAGUUGAGAUCGGUAUGGGAUCCCAACCAAAAGGUGUUUAUUGCCAAAUAUUCACAUGUAUGUUCAGAUUGUCAAUGAAAGGGUUAUAUUGAAGAUUUAACAACUUGCAUCCC